AUGCUUUUACGUGGCGUUUGCUUGGUUCUUCUUAUUCUCUCAGCCAUUGUGCUCUGCCAAGAGCCCCAUGAGCUCCAGAUGGAGAAGCGGAGAAUAGGUCUCCGUCUCCCCAACUUCCUUCGUUACAAGGAUCCCGAGAACCUGAAUGUGCACAAGCGUCGGAUCGGAUUGAGACUUCCCAAUAUGCUGAAAUUCAAGGAUACCAGCAACAUGUAUCAUUUGGAGAAGCGGCGAAUGGGCAUGCGACUUCCCAACAUCAUCUUCCUCCGUAACGAGAAGAAAAACGUACUGGAGUACUAA